ACUGACAUGGAAAGGAAAAACGGAAACCAUGUUUUAUUUUGAGAUUUGUACUUUGCUCUCUAUUUUUAUGAAUUUUGUGUAAAUAUUCCGACUCCCGACAAACUUAGGAUGGAAAACUACAUAGCUAAGUUAAACGAGUAUGCACAGAAACAGCGGCUGGCGCUCCAGUUUGUGGAGGUUGGAGCUGCUGGCCCUGACCACAUUAAAACAUUUACUAUCAGAGUUGUUCUGAAUGGUAAAGCCUAUCCUGACGCUGUUGGAAAGAACAAGAAGGAAGCCAAGCAGAACGCUGCUAAAAAUGCAUUGGCAGGCUUGUUGGAGGAAUCAGCUGAUACUGUAAGAUCAUUGCACCAUUGUAUUCACUCACUGUAUGUGUGGACAUUUGUUUUAAUCUGCUGUGUGUUUGUUGGUUACAAACAGACAGAAAAUGCUGCAGAAGUUUCUAAUACAUCAGUUCAUCAGAGAAGUGGCAGUAACAUCAAGUACACCUGCUGGCUUAAUGAGUAUGGUCAAAGGAACAGGGUGAUUGUAAGGCCCGUGGAGGCUGCCAGACCUGGACCAGAUGAUGAAAAUCAAUGGUGUAACUUUUUUGUUGGUGACAAGGAGUACCCGGCAGCUUCCGGGAAAACAAGAAGGGAAGCCAAGGAGGAAGCAGCCAAGCUUGUAUAUCACGAUAUAUGUGGCACUUUAGAGACUGGAGAUGAGAAAGACAUUUUCACAUCAAGUCAGCAAAAGGAGGAAACAAAACAAAAUGUUGCAGAUGUCUGCCUUCAGAUAAAGAGUUUGGCUGUGAAACCUGAAGAUAAAAGGUUUACAGAGGUAAAUUUCAUAGGUCUUGUCAACCACUACUGUCAGAAAACAUCCCGCUCCCACACGUUUAUUGAAGAGGAUAUAUGUGGACCGCCUCAUAAUCGACAAUUUUCCUACAAAUUAGUCAUAGAUGGCAAGGAAUACCCUGUUGGUGAGGGUAACAGCAUCAAGGAAGCCAAACAAAAUGCAGCUCGAUUAGCCUGGUCUGCUCUUCAGGAACAGUCAGACUGGGACAGCAAGAUAACUAUCAAGUCAGCUGUGUCAGAUGAUAGAGCACCGUCCAAACUGUCCACACCACCAAGCACACUGGACUCUGGUUGUCCAAAAUCAAGUAGCAGUACAACAACUACAAAUGACUCAGUUGUUUUCUCCCAGUCAUCUAACGCUUCCAAGGAGCAGAUCAUCGAUCUAAAACACGGUGGUUCUUCAAGUCACAAAGGAGUAGAAAUAAAUCAGAAUCAUGACGACAACUGUUCUAAGACAAAGAGCUUGAUGGUAAAGAAAGAAGCUGAAAUCUUUACAGAAGAGAAUUUCAUAGGACUCAUCAAUCUCUACUGUCAGAAAACAAAGCAUUGCCAUGAUUACGUCCUAGUGAGCAAAUGCGGUCCACCACAUAAUCCUCAAUUCUUCUACAAAGUAGUCAUUGACAACAAGGAAUAUCCUGUGGGUGAGGGUAAGACUAUCAAAGAGGCCAAACAAAAUGCUGCUCGGCAGGCGUGGUCUGCUCUUCAGGAACAAUCAAAUUGGGAUAGUAAGCUGGUUUCUUGGUCAGCUGUGUCAGAUGAUGUUACACCAGUCCAGCUGUCCAGCCCAGCGAGCACACUGAUCCCACAUGAUGCAAAAUCAGAAAGAAUACCAAUGACUUCAAGUGACCCAGUUGUUUCCCCAAAGGUUCAGAGACCUUCCAAGGAACAGGAUCAAAAUCCUGAUUUAAAACCAAAAAUAAGAAUUGCAGCAAAUUUCGGUAAUGUUUCCAGACACAAAAAAAAGGAUUUGCACAACUCUGAUCUCAAAGAAAAGAGUAAAGAAAGAGGUUCCACCGAGAAAACAUCAAGUCAAGUAGUACAAUCGAGGUUUACACUGGAAUUCGACUCUAUAGAGCGCCUUGGUAAAGGAGCCUUUGGUCGUGUUUAUAAGGCAAAACAUAAACUGCUGAAUAAAUAUUAUGCUAUUAAAAUUGUUCGCUGCAAAGAAAAGUCUCUAAGGGAGGUGGUGGCAUUAUCAGACCUCCAUCACACCAACAUUGUUCGAUACUACACCUGUUGGAUUCAGGAUUUAGAAUACCAAAUGGACAGUACAGGCGACACCUACAGUACUUCGCAGUCUGCUAGUGAUUCAUCUGAAAAGUGCCUCUAUAUUCAGAUGGAGCUGUGUGAUACUAAAACACUUAGAGUGUGGAUAGACGAGAAGAAUACUCAGAAUGUGAAGAAAUCUCUGCGAGACUCAAGGAGAAAGGAAGAGAGCCUAAUCAUUGCUCAGCAAAUAGCCAGUGGAGUCGAGUACAUUCACUCAAAGAUGCUCAUCCACAGAGACCUGAAGCCUGCCAACAUCAUGUUUGGACGGGAUGGAGAAGUGAAGAUUGGAGACUUUGGCCUGGUCACUGCUGAGAUUGACAAUGAUGCUGAGAAUCUACUGGAAAGAAGUGCUUACAAAGGAACACCAUCUUAUAUGGCUCCCGAGCAGAAAAGCAAGAGCCAUUACGACCGAAAAGUAGACAUAUUUGCUUUGGGGUUGAUAUAUUUUGAACUUCUUUGGAAUCUCCCUGUUGGCCCUGAAAGAAAAGCGGUUUGGGACAAUGCCCGAAGCCAGAAACUUCCUCAAGGGUUUUUGAAUAAUUUUCCACAAGAGCAUCAAAUCAUAAAGGCAAUGCUGUGUGCGAAGCCAGAAAACCGUCCGGAAGCAAGUAAACUAAAGGAGGAGCUGAAAGAGUACUCUGAUGCACUUUUAAUGCAAAAACAAAUGCUUCGAAAUAGUAACACAGUUUGACAGUUAUAAGGACUUUAAUGAACAGUCUAAAAAAGAACACUCAGUUUAGUCAUUUCAUGCAUGACUGUAUUCAAUACACAUCAUGUCAUGCAGUGCAUGUGUGGAUGUUUUGAAUGCUUUCUUUUCAUGGUCUGAUGCAUCAUCAGAUAUAGUUGUAUUUAUGGAGUGCUUGGUUUAAAGAAAGGCUGAUGAAGUGAUUCAUGUUAUAAUAUAUGAAUGAAAUACAAAUUAAAUUUGUGUCAUUAUUCA